AUGGAACUCAAGAAAGAACUCCAAUCUUCUGUUCCAGUUUGGAUUCGCCUUAAGAACAUCCCAUUUGCGUAUUGGUCGGCUCCGGGAAUCAGUGAAAUUGCGAGUGCAGUAGGGAGGCCCCUGUAUGUAGAUCCCUUAACUGAGAAAAUGAAGCGCCUAUCCUUCGCCAGGGUAUGCGUUGAGAUCUCUGCAAAAUUGGAGAAAUGCGAGGAGGUAGAAGUAUUGGUGGAUGACGAAUCUUUCUCGGUGUCUAUUCUCUAUGAAUGGAGACCUAAUUCGUGUGCCAAAUGUUGUGCGUUUGGACAUAACUGCUUAGCAAAGGAGGAUCCCAAGCAACCUGUGAGUACUGCUACUGUGAAACCUGCUGCUGCAAAACCUACUGAUGUUAAGUAUAUUGUUGUUAAUACAGAUCCGACUUUAUCAUCGGCUGUUGCUGCUGAUCCUGUUCAGCUUAUAUCAUCUGCCUCUGAGGAUGGCUGGAAACAGGUUAUGAACAGGUAG